UCCCUAUAAUGCAGAUUCUGAGAUACGGGAGGAGAACGUUACUUUUGGAAAACUUGGUAUAUUCUGCAUCAACAAACGAUAUCAAACCUAUCAAUAAUUAAUCUUAUCAAUGAUUUUCCCCUCCUUUUACACAAGUUACUCACAUACUCAUAUUAGUUACACGUUGCACAUUUUCAAGCCAUUCCUCUUCCUUUCAAUAAUAUACUCACAUAAAGUGAGUAAGGUAUAUAUCACAUUUUGAAGUUCGCAGUGGUAAACAUCAAAAAAGAAGUCAUCAGAAUUUCAACUCGAAUUGACGGUCAACGUGUGUGGAAUUUUUAAAAGUAAACGAGUGAAUAUAACUAUUGCGUGAAUAUAAUUGAUCAAAAUGGGUGAUUCAAUAACCAGUAACAAGAGCACGAAUAGUGAUCGCAAUUUUAGGAUUGAAGAUAAUAUUUUAAUCGGAAAGGAAUUAUUAAUACCUAAAGUCCCUGUCAAUGUGGCUGAAGAAAUACUGAAGAUUUUUAAAAGCAAGCCGGAUUUUAUUGGAGAGGUGGAUGCUCGUACGAGUAAAGUGCAGACCUACGCCGACAUGUGUGAGCGCAGCAUAAAAUGCGCCCUUUGGCUGAAGAAACAAGGUGUAAAACCGGGCGAUAUAAUUGGCCUUUGCACCGACAAUAACUUGAACGCGUUACUAAUUUUAUUGGGAACUUUGUAUGUAGGCGCCAUAAGUAAUACAUGGGAUCAUAAGCUUUCCCCGAUGAUGGCACGAUACUUCCUCUCUCUGACAUCGCCAAAAAUCGUCUUCACGAUAAGUUCAUCGGCCGCGAGUUUAACGCAAGCGGCUAAGGAGCUCGGUAUGAACUUGAAAGUGAUAACUCUCGAUAAAUUGGACGGAUAUGAAUCAUUGGAGGAGGACGUUAUGAGGGAUCACGACACUCGCGAUAUCGACGAAUUUAAGUGCUUCACUACACAGCCGGAUGACAUUGCUAUCAUUGUUCCCUCUUCUGGCACCACGGGUCUACCAAAAGGCACAGAAGUCUCACAUUAUUCUUUAUACUACAGCAUGCAGCCUGAUAAAUAUUGCGAUCUUAUAGAUCACACUUGCAUAGUUACAUCUACAAUACGUUGGCAUUACGGUGUUCUGAUGGCCUAUAAGAUUAUCGCCGCGAACGCGAAAAAGAUCAUCGUACCGGAUGACGACGACGCUGAAGGUUUCUGUCGGAUUAUCAAGAAAUAUCGCGUAACAUUGGCUGCCACCGACCCGUUCAUGUUAAUUAAAUUGAUUAAGAACAAAUUGCUAGACAAAUAUCGAAUGCCAACCUUAAAAGUAAUUAUAUCUAGUGGCGCCCACCUCAAAAAGAAGUAUCUAGAAGCACUGCGCGAGAAACUACCCGGUGUCUUCGUUAGUAACAAUUAUGGAACCACCGAUACGGCGUGUAUAUGCAGUGCAUCAACUAGAACUACCACACUAGGAUCUGUGGGUUACGUGUCAAGUACCGUCCGCAUAAAGAUAGCAGAUCAGGAAACGGAGGAAGCGCUUGGACCUAACAAGGUCGGGGAACUACGUGUGAAAACUGUCACCAUGAUGCAAGGAUAUCAUAAUAAUCCGAAAGAGACGAAACAGGCUUUCGAUUCCGACGAUUGGUUCCACAGUGGCGAUCUGGCGUAUUACAACGAUGACGGGGAGAUAUACAUUGUCGACAGGAUAUCCGAUUUUAUCAAUUUUCGAAGCAUCACCGUCUCGCCCGGAGAGAUCGAGAUGUUUUAAUUACUCACCCAGCGGUAUUCGUAGCGGCAGUGCUAGGAAUACCUGAUGAAGUAGACGAGCAACAUCCGAGAGCUUUCGUUCUCCGAAUGCCUGAUAAAUCGAUAACAGAGGCGGAGCUAGUCAGGUUUGUGGAGAAAAACAUGCCGGAUCAUUGUAGACUACGCGGCGGUGUUAAAUUCGUGGAUCAAUUGCCGCGCACGGCCACCGGCAAAAUCUCGAGGAAGCAGCUGCGAGAAAUGUAUGCGAAUUAAAGCGCGGGGAACUAUACACAACCAACGAGGGCGUC